AUGGAUGAAAAUACCACCAAAGCCCAGUCUUCGGGCCAUUUCCGGCCUUCCAACGCCACUCCCCAGUUCCGGCCUUCCAACGCCGCUCCCCAGUUCCGGCCUUCCAACGCCGCUCCCCAGUUCCGGCCUUCCAACGCCGCUCCCCAGUUCCGGCCUUCCAACGCCGCUCCCCAGUUCCGGCCUUCCAACGCCGCUCCCCAGCCUCCCAUCGUCCCAAUUACAUGUCAGCUUUCUGGACAGCUACAAUGCUACAGUCGGAGAGGCCCGAGUCUGGACCUGGGCAUCCUGAACGACCUGAUCAACGUCUGUGAUGAAGCCACGCCCCCUUCGCCAUCGCCCUCACCUAAGGCCACGGCCCCUUUAUCCAGCGAGGGCACCGGGCAGAACUGUUUGAGAGACCAGAACAGACCACCCCCCCUACCGCCCCGCCCCCCAGCAAAGCCCCGCCCCUCUACAAACCUUUUCCCCCCUUCAAAACCCUCCCCCCCUGCCACGCCCCUCCCCCCUCCCCCUUGCCUCCCGCUCAUUCGCCGUGUGGAUGUUCGGCCUCAGUCUGACCACAGGACACCACAGAGACGCCCCCUCAGGCCCCUCCCCUCUGCUCAGGCCACAUCCCCCUGCUCGGCUACGCCCCCUCGCAUACCCCCUUCCUCCCCUGCCCUCACCCGUCUCUCGAACUCCAGCUCUCACCGACUGCGGCGCUCUCUCUCUGACCUGAGCGACCGCAUGUCCGACCGCGCACUCUUCUUCAGCCUCUGUGGCACCGACCCCAGCGACCUGCAGGCGACCCGGGCCUGCUCGGACAUCGUGGAGCCGGCUCGGGCCAGCUCGGACAUCGUGGGGUUUGGCUGGAGCGAGGGGGAAGAGGGGGAGGGACGGGAGGAGGCGGAGGAGGGCGGAACCAACGUAGGUCGAACUCCUUACAGCAUCUCUGUGGUCGAGAGAAACGCCCGAGUCAUCAAGUGGCUGUACGGCAUCCGGCAGGCCCGGGACAAGUGA